ACUAAAUUUGGGGUUCUAAAAGCUCUUGGUCACAUGGGCUUUGACUGAUACUUCAAUGGGCUUUUAUAAGCCCAGUAAUCGGUAUGAUAUUUUUUUUUUCCACGACUCGGUGUGUUCUCGUUAUUUUCUAUUGUUAUUUUAAUAAACGGCUGAUGUAUUGCCAAAGCAAUGAUCUAACGGCUGAGAAUGACUUAUAUCCAAAAAUAUGUGAGAGAGGAACAGUCUGAUCAUCUCUGUACCCACCACGCGUUCAUAAACUCUCUCUCUCUCUCUCUCUCUCAUUACGCAGACAGAAGAAUAAAAAAAGGAUUUGAGACAAUCCUAAAUUUUUUACUGGUUUGUGUUUUUUUUAGAACAAGCAAAAAAGAGAAGCGAGUUGCUUUUGACCACCAGCUUUAUUUGUGUUUUGUCUUAAAAAAGAUCAGAUUUGGCUAGGGUUCUUUCUUGCAAUUUCCAUCUGGAUUCUAGCCAAUUUCUCUUUUCAAAAUUUAAUCUUUUUCUCUUUUUUUUGCUUUCCCCUAUUUUUAUCUUGGCAUUAUCUGCUCUGAAGCCUGAAGGGUUGUGAAAAAAAGACAAGAUUUUUGUUCUUUGGUAAGUUCCGAAUUCGUCUUUUGAUUUGAAGCUCUGCCUUUUGGUGGGUUUGUGUUGGAUCAAUCGACGCAAAAAAAAAAGUGAUGCUUAGGAAGAUAUGAUCUUAUCUAUAUCUCUGGUUAUAAUUAUUACUGGGUUUCGAGUUUGUGCUUAAGAUGUUAGCUGUGAGAGAAGGUCUUCAGAAACAAGUUAAGAUUUUGAUUGGGUUAGCGAAUUUAGGGUUUGGGGGUUAUAGGGGAUUGCACUCUAGGUUUACUAACCCUAACGGGUUUCUCGAACCUGCGAGCUCUGAUUUGCUUUUGAUUAACGAAAGGAGGAACCUUUCUGUCGUUGGUGCUGUUUCUCGAACUUUCUCUGUUCCUUCUGUAUCUGGUCCAUCCUUUCAGGUCUGUGGUUAUCACAUUGACCUUUUGCUUUCGGACCCCAGUGCGAAGGCUCCAGGGAAAUCAAUGGCUAGUUUAGGUUCUAAAUCCUUGUUUGCGGAUCGUCAUUCUGAUCUUCUUGUUUCGAAGCGUUUUGGUGUUGGUAUGGUAUGUGGAGACGGUCCCAACCGUGGAAGAAUCAGUAUGAGACUCAGAGGGAAAGAUCACUCUGAAAAGUCUACCAUAUAUGCGUAUUUUGCUUAUAGAGGUGCCAAGAGAUGGAUAUACAUGAACCACCAAAGAAGAGGAUUGGGAUUUAGAGGCUUGCAUAGCUCACUAUCUAAUCGUUUAUCAGCUGGGAAUGCUCCUGAUGUCUCGCUUGAUAGCUCUGUCACUGAGGAAGAUGUUAGAGAUUCUUCUGAUUCUGUAGCGGCUAAGCUUUGUACUAAGCCUCUGAAGCUUGUCUCGGGGUCGUGUUAUCUACCGCAUCCUGAUAAAGAGGCGACUGGGGGAGAGGAUGCUCACUUUAUCUGUGCAGAGGAGCAAGCG